CGGCCGUUGCCUUGGUGACCGCAGGCCGGACGCCGGGGCCCCGCCCCCGCGCCGCCGCCCGGCGGACCUGGCCGCGCCCCACGGCCGGGGAGCCGCAGGCCGAACGUCUGCGCGCUGCGGGCCGGCCGACUAGGGGCGCGCGUCGACGCACGGACCGCGGAGCCGCCCCGGAGCAUGUGGAAGCUGAGCCGGAGCCGGGUGCUCUUGGACGAGCCCCCCGAGGAGGAGGACGGCCUGCAAGGGGGGCCGCCGCCUGCCGCCGCCUCCGCGGCCGCGGCGCAGGUUCAGGGAGCAAGUUUCCGAGGCUGGAAGGAAGUGACUUCUCUGUUUAAUAAGGACGAUGAACAGCACCUGCUUGAACGAUGUAAAUCCCCCAAGUCCAAAGGAGCUAACUUACGGUUGAGAGAAGAGCUGAAGACGGAGAAGAAAUCGGGAUUUUGGGACAAUCUGAGUUUAAAACAAAACAUACAGUCUAAGAAGCCAGAUGAGAUUGAAGGCUGGGAGCCUCCCCGACUUGCUCUGGAGGACGUGAGCGCCGAGCCGGGUGACCCCGCGAGCAGCCGUCCGUCCGGGCCGGGCUGGGAGGAGGGCGCCAGUGGCUGCAGCAAGUACACCAGCCUGGCAAGCUCCGCGAACAGCUCUCGCUGGAGCCUCCGCUCGGCCGGGAAGCUGGUGGGCAUCCGACGGCAGAGCAGAGGCCACCUGACAGACGACUGGGAGGAGCUGGAGUGACCUGUGGGCGCACUGCCCCCGGGAAGGGCCUGCGGACCCCAGUGGCACCUGCGUGUCCCCUCCGGUCGUGCGUGGGCUCUUGGUCUGCGGCUUCCCAGCAUGUCUGUUCGGGUCGAGUCAUUCAGUCCUUGCCGUGUGGACAGUGGGGCAUCUCCUCUGUGGGCUGGUGGGGCCCCCACACCGUGGUGCCCAUCCAUGGAGCCGCCUCGUACAGGCUUCGCCGUGUCCCCUGCCCCUCGCAUGUGGCACCUGUGACGUCCUCUCUUCUCAGCAGGAAGCUGUAAUCCAGGCGUGAAAUGAAUCUUCCAGAGGUUACGUUCAAUUUCUUUUAACCUGGCAAAUUAAACUUUCUCUCAUUUUAAAUACUGGAAAAGCAAAGGCUACAUUUGAUCAAGCAUGAAACGCCAUCACGCGCACACAUCUUCAUCUCGUGCCCUGGGAGGAGGCGUCCCGUGUGCUGGGUGGUGACCACGUGUGCGUCUCCCAGGUCCUGAACUUGCGCAUCUUGAUCUUCACAUCCUCUGAUUGCAGGUUAAGGAACCAUAAAGUGUGGAUCAGUUUUAGUGACUGAAAACUCUUGGCAGAUGCUAAGUUGCUGAUAGAGUUAAAACUGUAUAAAACACUGCAAGUGCCUCUUCUCUGUGAUGUCCGGGAGUCUGGUGUUCAAACAGAGGCUGCGCGCGUCUCCGCGGCAGGCAGCUCACCAGUCUGUCUGAGGUAAUGGGGUUUAAAGAAAAAGCAGAGGGGUUUUCUGGGUUAAAAACAAACCUCCAUUUACACUGUGCAUACCUCUUGUGAAACACACUGUCCUCCUCCGUGCUGCUCAUUUAACCUCCUUGGGGGUCACCACGCAGGCCUGAUGUCAGGACUCCCGAGGGGGAACAGUGUCCGUCUGUCCUCCGUCCGUUUAGCCGUCUUUCAUCCAUCUUGUGGUAAUGAGCAGCUUACCUGACCGAGUCUGGGAAGGGGGAAAGGUUUUAGUGGCGUUUAGUCCAGUUUGCGCGGGAGCCUUGUAGUGCCGGGGGCGGGGGGGCGGGGGGUUCGUGUUGCAGGGAAAGCCUUGUUUCCUCAGGUAAGUGGGGCAGUAGCUAGGCCACCACCCCAUGUCCCCUCCAGCCGUGCCCACGGUGGCAGAUUUAUGCAAGGAUUGUACAGCGGGAGCUGAGGCCCCGGGAAAUAAACACUGUGUCCAAGGCUCCACGAAGCUGCCUCCUGGGGGGAGGGGGGAGGUGUGUCUGUCCCCUGCGGGCUGCUGCAGAGUCAUGCCGGGGGAUGCUAAGUGCCUGUCACUCACCUCUGCGGAAGUCUGUGACGCGGGGUCGGCACCCUCCUCCUUUGUAACGUUGUUUCUAAAAUCUGAAGACAAAGCCAGAUGGGAAGUAGAAUAUGCACUAGAAAAUCAUUUUUCCUGUCUGCAAAGAUUACUGUAGAAAUAAACUCUUCUUCUGUUGUGUCAGAUUAAAUGAAUAUGUUUGUGGUUUUUAAUAUAUUUAUUGAUGUGCUUUGGGAGAAAAGUAUUUUUCCUUGAUAGAAUUUACCAAAGCAACUUUGUGCAGUUCACAGGUUUAGAAGGACGUGGUUUUGAUGUGGGGUUUUGUUUGCAUCCUGUGAACACGCACCUUCACUGUGUAAAGAGCAAGUGGUCUGUGCUCCCACUGUUGCUGGUUUUUUAAGGGAAAGUGAGCGGCUUCAAAGAAAGUUAGAAUUCAUUCUUAAUGCUGAGGUUUUAAAAAACAUUUCCUCUUUCAUUAUUAGUUUGCAUGACUAUUGGUGUCUACCCAAGGCGAAUGCUUAUGGGGACUUUAACCACUUAAAGCUAACGGCACUUUUCUUGAUACCUUAAACCUCAUUUUAAAAUGCAAACAGUACAUGUAGACUUUUUAAUAAAUAAAUGCCAAUUUCAAC